AACAGGGUAAUUGAAAGCUCUAGUCAAAAAUGCGAGUUUUUAAUGUUGCUUAGUCAGAGAUCGAUAUUAAUUCUUUUAUUAUCUGUCACUAAUUGUCUGAAAUCAGUAAUUAAACACUAACAUUCCAGACCAACAUAUUAUUCUUGACUAGUGGUUCUCAACCAAUUUUUGCCUACGGACUCCCUUUAAUUCCUAUUUUUCUCUGACGGACUGUCAUAGCUAUUCGAUGAUGUUUUUUUUUUUUAAAUCCCAUUAUAUUAUAAAUAUUGUUAAGAAUUGUAUAAAUAAAUUGUUAAAAAUAUCUUGUGCAUUGAUUGUAGAAGUAUAACCAGUUUAUUGGACGUAAAUUUUAACAAAAUCUUUUGUGGAACCUCAAGGGUCGUAUGGACCGCGUUGAGAACUGUUUUCGAGACUUCUAUAAAUUACCAUCUAUGGUUGUGCAGAAAUCUAAUGUAAAGCUACACUUUCUACGAACGGGCCUAUAAUAAUAAUAAUAAUAGAAUGGUAAACAUUUCCAAGCGUUUUACGAUCUGCUCUCAAAAGUUAUAGGAUAUUCGCUAUUUUCCUAUUUGACGUUCGUAUUGUGAUGGUGAUCCAAAAAGUUUAUUUCAAAACAACAUUUCUUAAUUAUUAGUGGUACACAUAACGAUCAGCGAGUAAAAUAUGAGGAAAAAUGUUCGACUUAUUUUGAAUAGAGUCUCGCCUUGGGCACAUUCGAGACUUCUUCAACGAUCCACGGCCGGCAAAACCAAGUAAUACAAAUCACUGAAUCCGACGAAGAUCGAACCAGUGUCGUAAUUGCAUGGCUUUCAUUGAAUAUCUGCUGACCUAAUAUCAGAUGUCAGAGACAUAAAAGGAAUUUUUACUUCAGAUACAUCUUCAAUAUUGAUCAGCCUUUAAAGACUCAAGGAAGACAUUAUACAUCAUAAAUAUAAACCUGUUUAUAUAACAUAAUCUGUGGUGAAUUCCAGUGAAAUAUAUCUUCUGAACUGAGGUUAAUAGCAAUAUUUCUCUACUCUGCUGUCUGGAAUAUAUACAGAAUGAUAUUGGAUUCUAAUUGAACUUGAACAAAUCUAUGAAGGAGUUUGCAAACGUCUUCUGAUUUUGACCAAGAUCAGAAGUGAUCAAAAAUCAUCAGCAUCAUCAUUGUCAUCAUCAUGUUAAUGUCCACUUUUCUAUGCUUGUAAGGGUCAGGCAGAUUUUUUUACAGCUGGCUGCCUUUCCUGUCUGCAACCCUCAUCAGUUUCCAAACAAGGUGAUAUUUUCUCAUGGCUGGACGUGUUUUCAUGGACAAUUAGAGAAAUGAAUAACACUGCUUGUAUGACAGUGGUACUCGUUUACAACUAUAAUGUGAUGUCCAGACAAGGGGAUAGCAGUAGAAAUAUUUCCGUCAACACAGAAAUAUAUGAAAAAAGAAAAAAAGAAGUAAAACAAAGAGAAAUGUUUUUAACUUAUGGUAAUAUAGAAAACAUUACAGAACAAUGAAUUAUGUGACAAAUGAAAAGGAUUAUUUUUAUUAACUGAAGAGAAGAUGGAUUCUACAGAAAAUCCAACAUAUUCUGAAAUCUGUAAAAUGUCUUUCCCUCAAAAUUAUAGCCUUACCACUCACCAACAUUUUCACUUUGGAGAGAAGCCAUAUCAUUGCAAUGUCUGUGGUAAGUCUUUCUCUCAAAAUUGUGACUUAACUAAGCACAAACGCAUCCAUACCGGAGAGAAACCAUAUCGCUGUGAUAUCUGUGGUGAAUCAUUCUCAGCCAGCAGUACCUUAACUACACACAGAUACGUUCACACGGGAGAGAAACCACAUGUCUGCGACACAUGUGGCGAAGCGUUCACUCAGAAAGGUAUCUUAGGUCAACACAAACGUAUUCAUACAGGAGAGAGACCUUAUCUCUGUGAUGUCUGCGGGAAAGCUUUCUCUCUAAAUAGUAACUUAACCAAACACAAGUAUAUUCAUUCAGGAGAGAGACCAUUUCACUGUGACAUCUGUGGUAAAUCAUUCACUGAAAGUAGUACUUUGACUAAACACAAACGCAUUCAUACAGGAGAGAAACCCUACCCCUGUAAUAUCUGUGGUAAAUCAUUCUCAGGAAGUAGUCAUUUAAUUACACAUAAGUACAUUCAUACAGGGGAGAAACCGUAUCACUGUGAUAUUUGUGCUAAAUCGUUCUCUCAACUAAAUGCCUUUAGUAGGCACAAGCGCAUUCAUACCGGAGAGAAACCAUAUCAUUGUGAUAUCUGUGGUAAAUCAUUCUCAGCAAGCAAUGCCUUAACUGCACAUAAAUAUAUUCAUACAGGAGAAAAACCUUAUGACUGUGAUAUCUGUGGUAAAUCAUUCUCUCAGAUAAGUACCUUGACUAAACACAAAUUCAUUCAUACAGGAGAGAAGCCAUAUCAUUGCAAUAUUUGUGGUAAAUCAUUUGCUCUAAAUGGUCACUUAACUAAACACAAAUAUAUUCACACGGGAGAAAAACUAUAUAAAUGUGAUAAACCCCUCUCUCAAGAAGUUAGUUAACCAGACGUUUAUUUUUUUUUUUUAUGGCCGGGUUCCAACCUGGGUUGCAGCAACAAAGACCACUCACCAUACUUCUUGGUCCGUCAUCACUGCCUCAAGGUCCUGGAUACAUUUCGGGCCAGUGUCUGCGAUCAAUGUAAGUGUGAUGACGUUUUCCUCUUCCAACAUCUCCAUGAAGUGCGUUCCACAAGAGUAAUUUGGAUGCUCUCAACUAUGGAUAGCGCACGCAGUGACCAGAUAGUCACAGCCAUCUUUGCCUGAUUUUCUCACUGAUUUUUGGCUGGUCUCUGUAAAGGCAUUCAUUUGUCUUAUGUUGCUGCCAUUUCACAUUUAGGGCCAUUUUUAGCAUCAUUGCAUGGCAGCCAUGUAGUCUGUUUGAUAAUUUCUUUGUUAGUGUCCAUGUUUCACUGCCAUAGAACUGUAUCAAGAUCAAAAGUCAAUCUGUGAAAGAAAUAGAUCUGAUAACCACAUUAGUUAUACAUGUACAUUGGUUAGUGAAGGUGUGUGGCUUAGCAGUUAGGUUAGUUGGCUCAUGAUCGUGAGGUUGUGAGUUCAAUUUCCAGCAGCAUGUUGUGUCCUUGAGCAAGACACUUUAUUUCACAUUGCUUCAGUCCACUCAGCUGGCAAAAAUGAGUAAUAUCUGUAUUUCAAAGGGGCCAGCCUUGUCACAUUAUAUGUCAUGCUGAAUCUCCCUGAGAUCUACAUUAAGUGUACAUGUGUCUGUGGAGUGCUCAGCCACUUGGACGUUAAUUUCACAUGCAGGCUGUCCCAUUGAUUGGAUCAGCUGGAAUCCUUGUCGUUGUAACCAGUGGACUGCCAGCUUUUAUUGAAGAUGUGUGUCUUAGUUGUUAGACUAUUUGGCUCACGAUUGUAAGGUUGUGAGUUCGAUUCCUGGAGGCAUGUUCUGUCCUUGAGCGAGACACUUUACUUCAUGUUGCUCCAGUUCACUCAGCUGGGAAAAAUGAGUUGCACCUGUAACUCAAAGGGCCAGCAGCCUUAACACAUUCUGUGUCAUGCUGAAUUUCCCUGAGAACUACAUUAAGGGUACAUGUGCCUGUGGUGUACUCAACCACUUGCAUGUUAAUUUCACAAGCAGGUUGUUCCAUUGAUCAGAUCAACUGGAACCCUUAUCAUUGUAACCAACGAAGUCCCAGUUUUUAGUGAAGGUCUCUGACUUGGUCGUUACAGUAUUCAGCUCCUGAUUGUAAGGUUGUGAGUUCAAUUCCCAACGGCAUGUUAUGUCCUUGAGCAAGACAUUUUAUUUCACUCAAUUGGCAAAAACGAGUUGUACCUGUAAUUCAAAAGGGCCAACUUUAUCACAUUCAGUGUUAUGCUGAAUCUCUCUGAGAAAUACAUUAAAGGUUUAUAUGUCUGUGGAGUACUCAGCCAUGUGUGUGUUAAUUUUAUGGGCAGGCUGUUCUGUUGAUUAUAUCAACUGGAACCCUUGUUGUCAUAACUGAUGGUUGCUAGUUUGUUUUCUUUUUUAUAUAUAUAUAUAUAUAUAUUUUUUUUUUUUUUUGUGCGGGUGGCACAUGAAAUGCACCAUUUUGAGCGUGGCCGUUGCCCAUACCGCCUGACUGGCCUUCGUGCGGGUGACAUGUAAAAGCACCCACUACACUCUCUGAGUGGUUGGCGUUAGGAAGGGCAUCCAGCUGUAGAAACUCUGCCAAAUCAGAUUGGAGCCUGGUGUAGCCAUCUGGUUUCACCAGUCCUCAGUCAAAUCGUCCAACCCAUGCCAGCAUGGAAAGCAGACGUUAAACGACGACGACGACGAUAUAUAUACAUUGGCAAGAUCAAUAACUAUUGUGAUAUUUUUAAUAGAUGUAUUUUUUUAGAAUAUUGGGAAAUAUACACAUCUGAGUAUUUUGUAGACAAAAGAAAAACAUUACUGUUUAUUUGACAUUGUGCGUAAAUAGAUUUUUUAUGUGUUCAAGUCGUUGGACUGCGGCCAUGCUGGGGCACUGCCUUGAAGAAUUUUUAGUCAAAUGAAUCGACCCCAGUACUUAUUUUGUUUUGUAGCUUGGUAUUUAUUUUAUCGGUUUCUUUUGGUGAACUGCUAAGUUAUGGGUCAUAAACACGAAUACUGGUUGUCAAACAGUGGUAGAGGACAAAACACAGACACGCCCC